GCCGGGCUGAUGAAAGCUCAGAUUGUCCUUUCCCCUGUUUCAUCCUCUCAAAAGCUCCCCUGUUCUCCUGUUUUCUCUCAUUCUCGAAUCCCUCGACGCUCUCAAAUUCACACACACACCCUCUCUCUCUCCCUCUCGCCCCUUUCCUCUUUCUCUUUAUUCUUCUUCCAGAAUCUCAGUAGUGUUCUAUUGAUUGCCUGCCGAUUUCUUUAUUCUCUAUCUAGAAACUUUUACUGUUAUAUUGAGGAUUUGCUACUGUUCUCAGCAAGACAACCCCUUUUUCUCCCUCUCUCCAAUUUGGCUCUAGUUUCGCUAUCUUGGUUAGUGAAAAUCCCAUUUCCAUUUUCACACUCACUUGCCCAGUUUCAUUCCUAUUCAAGCAAAGAAAAGAUUCCUCUGUUUCGACUAGCGGCUGGAGUUUUUCUAAUUUUAAUUUUCCUGCAGUUCUUGCUCAUUUGACGGUAGUUCUCUUUGAGGAGAGGUCCUGUUGCAGAAUUUGCAGGUUUUGAGAUUUGGGUUUCUUUUGAGAAGGGUAGAAGUUUGAGAAGGCAGCUGGGUUUUGGGUUUUUGCAGGGGUUUAAGCCUGUUCCAACAUUUCUUGUGGGCUUUCUUUUUCCUCCAUAAUAAAGAUUGGAUUUUGAUGAUUACCCUGAUUUCUUUUCGAGGACUUCGAUGUGGGUUUCGAGAAUUUCUGAAUCUGGUGAGCUCUUUUAGUGCCUUUUAUCCCUGGGUUUAGGGUUUAGUAGUUCUCAAUACUAGUCCUCUGAACUGCACUUUUGGUGUAAUUCACUCUCUCAAAUUACUAAAAACGACAUAUGUCGGCUUCAAUCUGAAAUCUACUGUCUUCACAAUUAUCUUCAAGAGAUAUCGACAAUGUCGAUUCUUAGCACCGGUGGCCGAACUUACGGCUUCGAUCUAGACAUCAUAAAAUCCCCCGCUUCAUCCUCAGGCCGCUCUCCUUCCUCUUCUCCUUCAUCCACAAUCUCUGAAGCUUCAAAUUCUCCAAUUGCCAUUUCCACCAAAAGAGCCCGAGCACCUCGAAAGAGGCCCAACCAAUCUUACACUGAGGCAGCUGCUCUUCUCUCCACAAUUUACCCCAAUCUCUUCUCAACAAAAAACCUCCACAAGCUCUCUAAGCACUCAAAGCCAUUCUCUUCGUUGCCUCCCUCUUUGUUAUCCUCUUCUGACCUCCUCCCUCCAUUUCCUGUCAUUAAUGAAGCGGGUUUCCUGAUCCAAGACCAGUCUCCAUGUCAAUCUCCACGCAUUAGCUUUGGGUUCAAACCCGCUAGCCCGAGUGAAAAAUCCUGCAUCGAGUACCAAGAACCUAGUUCACCCGAGUCCACCGAUUAUGAUGUGGAGUCAAUUCUUGAUGAGGAGGUUGGAGAGGGAAUAGAUAGCAUACUGGGGAGUCUAAGUGUGGAGAAAUAUGAAUCCAACUCAAAUUCAUAUGUUAAUCCUCAUAUUGCAAGUCUUAUGGGGGUUGGAAUUGGGGGGAAGGCCAAAUUCGGGUUUGGGUUGCGGUUUGGCAGGAAUGAUAUCCGUCAGGCGCUUCGUGGAGCGCACAACAGCGAGUGGUGGAGGCCCACGAUUGCAGUGCCAGUUGGUGACAUUGUGCCCGUGCCCAAGUUCAGUGCGUUGCCGUCGUUGGAGAAGAAGAAGAAGAGCAAGAAGAAGAAGAAGGUUGAGAAGGAGGAGGUGAAGGAUGAGCCUAAAGCCCUUACAGCUGAAACCAAGGCAACAUCAGAACAAGAUACUUGUAACAGUUCAUUAGAAGUGGAGUUAAAAUCUGCAGGUUUGGGACUAAAAUUAAACACUGAAGAUGUGCUCAAGGAUUGGUCAGAUAGAGAAUUUCCCUUCGCCAGUGAAUCUGGCACUCCUGAAUCUUCGGCUGAUAUCCAUGCUAGGCUAGCAGAGAUUGAUCUGUCGCCAGAGAAUGAAGGCGGAGUAAGAGAAGCGAGCGUUCAGCGAUACAGAGAGAAGCGAAGGACCCGACUCUUCUCCAAGAAGAUCAGAUUAUCAGGUCCGGAAGGUGAAUGCUGAUGCAGCCCAGGAUGAAGGCCAAGUG